AUGGCACACAACCACAACCCUGAUGAGGAGUUUGACGACACUCCACUCGGUGAUAUUUCAGAUCUCCAGCUCGACCAACUCACGGAACUGCUAUGGAUGGACCAAGGCGUCAACAUAGUCAUGCCGGACCAAGAGUGGCUGCAGUCGCAAUACGACGGCAUAGCUCAACUCGACAAGUCUAGCCGCCGCUCGAAGAACAUUUGGAAGCGGUUGUCCUCUGGAUUGGAGAAUCUGGCCCUCACACCCAGGCAUGUGAACGAUGGAAGAUCAACGGCUUGCCUUUGUGAGUUCCAUCGCGACCUCGAUCCCAAGCUGAUCCGACGUUUGAUGGACCUCAUCAUGCUUGAGUGUACUGUACGUAUUCACCGAUAUCGUGAAUGGCGCCGACGCAACACUCUCCCUGUUCCUAUUACCCAAUGGCUCGAUCGCAUCGACGCCAUGACUGGUCUCUGGAUGAGUCGAGAUGCGUUCAACGCCGCCUUUGGCUAUGAACGCGUCUCGCCAAACCAGAACAAAGUCCGGAGCAAGUGCGAGGCAUGCAUCAUGGCGGUCAUCGGAGGCAGACCUCACGCGCUGGCCUACCUCCGAGCCUCCAUGAUUGGACGGCGCGACCGUCAUGUUGAACAACGCCGCCAAAUGCCCAGAUUGCUCCGAGUGGUGGAGUCCUGGAUUGGGCACUUCAAAGCUGACGUUCGCAGGGCUGCCAUGACAGAAAGUAUGGAAAUUCGCGAGGAACUUGACAAAUUGGAUGCGGUUAUUGCCGCUGCCAAGAGGGAGCGCCGCCGGCAUUCCCGCCGAAAAGGGGCUCCGUCAAGGCCAAGUCGUCCUGUAGAUUCGAGAUCAUUCGAAGUAGAUGAAACCCACAGCCAUCAAGGAAGAGAAUCCCACGAGGACAGCCAUUUCCAGGACUCAGGCCACUAUAGUAGCCAGUUUGACGACGACGAGCAACAGUGGAUGGACGAAGACGAAAACUGCCAAGCAUCGAUCUACUUGGACUGCCAAAUGCAGAGACAAGGCGUGACAGAAGCUAAGCGUCGAGAAAUGUUUGAGAUGGACAUGCACCCUGCCGUCCGCGACUAUGCACAGGAUGCAAUGGCGCAGGUGGGCGACCGGCUGCAGAGAGAUGUCGAGCCAAAGCCCAAAAGCGAUGCAGACUCUCUUUUUAGCAAUGCAAGUGCUGUUCCAGCACCGCUCAACUUGGCCAGCAAGCAUGGAGAGCCCACCCCGCCUGACAGUAAUUCUGGUGGCGAUGUUGCGGAAUCAGUCUGGGAGGAUGUCUCAGUAUUCUCUCCUCCACAAUCUAUGGUUGCAGGUCAAUCUAGAGGCCGUCACACUGCCGCGCCAAACACGGGGAGCGACGCCGAGUCCGCCCUCACCACGUUGGCUGAUAACCGAGCACACCUCGAGUUUUGUCAGAAAUGGGGCUUCGAUCCGGGGUCUGAGUUCCGUGAAGCAUCGCCAACACGAGUACAAACUCGGCGGGAUGCAGAUACUGCUUCGGUUGCUGUAGCUUCGAGUGUAUACUCUGAACAUCCCGGCUUCCGACGUUCUCAGCAAAGCUUGGCGCCUCCGACCAUUCCCCUGAGGAGUCCAAUGCGAAAUUCUCACAGAGCUCCAACGGGACGGUCACGCUUGCCGGCUCAUGACCAGCGAGACAAGAACCUCUGGGAUGAGUUGCGGCAAGACAGAGAUCGUUUGCAGGAGCAUGAAGACGAAGAGUAG